GGGCCAUCGGCUCGUUCAGAGGUUGAUGGUGAAUUCAUGAUUUAAUUCUUGAAAUUCACGCCGGGCCAUCCGAUGCUACGCGCCGCUCUAGUGCCAAGUCUACUGCUGCUGAGAGCGCAUAGCUUUGCACUCAUUGCGGUGAGGCAUGCUCGCCUAGUCGUCGUCCGAGGCAGCGACCUGGAUGAGGGCGACGCCUUGUUGGCCGAGGCGGUGGGCGCGCUGCAGGAUCUGCGCGUCGCGGUCGCGAGCGAGCGGGUGGAACGCGCGCGAGACUGCUACGCCCGCGUGGCGGACGCCCCGACGCGCGCAGACCGCGAAGACCUCGCUCGCAGCGUCGACACCCAGGUUCAGCGGCUCCUCGAGCGAACGCGGGCAGCCCGGAGCGACGCGCUCGCGGCGCAGCGCGCGGCGACGACGACGGACACGGCCGGCGACGGCCUGAUGCGCGACGCCGUCUCUGCUCUGGCCCGGCAAGACUACGCCGCCGCGCGCGCCGCCGUCGACGACGCCAGGAAAAGCUUUGCGCGCGACGGCGUCGUCGGCCGCGAAGCAGCCCUCGGUAACCUCUACGCGUCCAUCAACGUCGAGCAGGAGCGCGCCGCGCGGGACGAGGCCCGGCGCGAGCAGGAGCGGUCCGAGCGCGAACAGGAACUACUCCGGCGCGGGAAGGCGCUCGUCGCCGAGCAGCGCAUCACAGCCGACGCGGAGCGACGAGCACCGUAAGCUCUGGUUUGUACUCAUCUACUAGUAGCAGUAACUUCAAUCCCCC